UGUAGCGAUUGUACAAUGACGGAACAGCAAAUGGAUUGCGCUUUGGAUUUAAUGAGACGGCUUCCACCGCAGCAAAUCGAAAAAAAUUUAAUCGAUUUGAUUGACCUUGCUCCAGCUUUGUGCGAAGAUUUGCUAACAUCAGUUGAUCAGCCUUUGAAAAUAGCAAAAGAUAAGGAGACAGGAAAAGAUUAUUUGUUAUGUGAUUACAAUCGAGAUGGUGAUUCAUAUAGAUCACCUUGGUCGAAUACAUACGAUCCACCACUGGAAGAUGGAUCAAUGCCUUCUGAACGCCUACGUAAGCUUGAGGUAGAAGCAAAUCAUGCCUUUGAUCAAUACCGCGAAAUGUACUAUGAAGGUGGUGUAUCUUCUGCUUAUCUAUGGGAUCUUGAUCAUGGUUUCGCUGGAGUGAUUUUGAUAAAAAAGGCAGGGGAAGGCAAUCAGAAGACAAAAGGAUGCUGGGAUUCGAUUCAUGUUGUAGAGGUGCAAGAAAAGAGUUCAGGUAGAACCGCUCACUAUAAAUUAACUUCAACUGCCAUGCUUUGGCUACAAACUCAAAAACAUGCUUCUGGUACGAUUAACCUUGGUGGUAGUCUAACCAGGCAGAUUGAACAAGAUGCACCAGUUAGUGAAAGCAGUCCUCAUAUUGCCAACAUAGGGCGCAUUGUAGAAGAUAUGGAAAAUAAAAUUCGCAAUACAUUAAACGAAAUUUACUUCGGUAAAACUAAGGACAUCAUAAACGGAUUGAGGAGCAUUCAGUCAUUAGCUGAUACAAAUCAGCAAGCAGCAAUGAAGAAGGAUCUUGCUGCAGCGCUGCUACGAAGGACUGGAAAAGGGGAAAACUAAAAAAUCAUUUGCGCCUCAUUUUCUUUGUUAUCAUCGUUAAGUACACACAAGAUUAUCGGCAAGCAAAAAGCAAGGCACCUUUUACCAAUAUGAAUUAUUCUAAUGCCGUUGCUAGUGUGUGCUUAAUGCAAAACCUUUAUUUUCGAUUUUCAAAAGAUCGCAUUCAUGAAAAGUAAUUUUUUUUUAAUAUAGAUAAAAAGAUUGCGCUAAAAAUAUUCAAUAAAACUUUUAGUGGUGUUCAGUACAGUGAGUCUUCAAUAGUGUCUUUUCUAGUAAGCUGAGAUUGCUAAUAACAAUAACUAAACUAAUUUUUCCAGGCCAAUCAUGCGAUAAAAGCAAGCGAAAUCUGCAAUUGAUUUAAUAUGAUUACAAUCCACAGUGUAAUAUAUUGUAACGCGUAGUGACUUUCUAUUAAAAGUUCUUCAA